AGAAUGCGAUUCCUGUUGGCCGAUUCCGCGCCUACAAACAGGCUUAGCGCUCCUCUGAAAUGCGGGAGGCUCCUUAACUCUUGUAUAAACAGAAACCAGCCGCAACUUUAGGUCAGAGCGCAUUAAAAUGAGCCGCUUCUGAACGAGCAGCGCCCAGGCCCCAGGCCCUGCUGCGAAGGCCCCGGCAAAGGUCAGGGCCCCGUCCGCGUGACGCUCCUGCCUGCGCGCGGCCAAGCCAUGCUCGUCCCCAGCUCAGGUAACAGAGGCCUUGGAAGGAGACCCUGCGUCAGGUCACCCAGUAGAGAUCAGCAAUCCUUGGCACACUGAGGAGGCUUGGAUUUGCCUCAAAGGGCGCUCCAAAAGUUGAACAGAGAAAUCCCAAGGAAGCUGCCUGAAUCUGCCUGUCUACUCUCGUUCUGCAUCUUACAAAGGACCAUACGAAUCAAGUUGGUGGUUCUGGUUUCCGCCAGCUGUGGAUGCCUUUGACAUUAUGACCGCAGAGGAUUCAACCGCAGCCAUGAGCAGCGACUCGGCCACGGGGUCCUCGCCCAAGGUGCCCGAGGGCGUGGCGGGUGCGCCCAACGAAGCAGCGCUACUGGCGCUGAUGGAGCGCACCGGCUACAGCAUGGUGCAGGAGAACGGGCAGCGCAAGUAUGGCGGCCCACCGCCUGGCUGGGAGGGCCCGCACCCCCAGCGCGGCUGCGAGGUCUUCGUGGGCAAGAUCCCGCGUGACGUUUAUGAGGACGAGCUGGUGCCGGUGUUCGAGACCGUGGGCCGCAUCUACGAGCUGCGCCUCAUGAUGGACUUUGACGGCAAGAACCGCGGCUACGCCUUUGUCAUGUACUGCCACAAGCACGAGGCCAAGCGCGCCGUGCGCGAGCUCAACAACUAUGAGAUCCGCCCGGGCCGCCUGCUGGGCGUGUGCUGCAGCGUGGAUAACUGCCGCCUCUUCAUUGGCGGCAUCCCCAAGAUGAAGAAGCGCGAGGAGAUCUUGGAGGAGAUCGCCAAGGUCACCGAGGGCGUGUUGGAUGUGAUCGUCUACGCCAGCGCGGCCGACAAGAUGAAGAACCGCGGCUUCGCCUUUGUGGAGUACGAGAGCCACCGCGCGGCCGCCAUGGCGCGCCGCAAGCUCAUGCCCGGCCGCAUCCAGCUGUGGGGCCACCAGAUCGCCGUGGACUGGGCCGAGCCCGAGAUCGACGUGGACGAGGACGUGAUGGAGACCGUGAAGAUCCUCUACGUGCGCAACCUCAUGAUCGAGACCACCGAGGACACCAUCAAGAAGAGCUUCGGUCAGUUCAACCCUGGCUGCGUGGAGCGAGUCAAGAAGAUCCGCGACUACGCCUUCGUGCACUUCACCAGCCGCGAGGACGCCGUGCACGCCAUGAACAACCUCAACGGCACCGAGCUGGAGGGCUCGUGCCUGGAAGUCACGCUAGCCAAGCCCGUGGACAAGGAGCAGUACUCGCGCUACCAGAAGGCGGCCAGGGGCGGUAGCGCGGCUGAGGCGGCCCAGCAGCCCAGCUACGUGUACUCCUGUGACCCCUACACGCUGGCCUACUACGGCUACCCCUACAACGCUCUCAUCGGGCCCAACAGGGAUUACUUCGUGAAAGCAGGCAGCAUAAGAGGCCGAGGGCGAGGAGCAGCUGGCAACAGAGCCCCGGGGCCCAGGGGUUCCUACCUCGGGGGAUAUUCUGCUGGCCGUGGUAUAUAUAGCCGAUAUCAUGAAGGGAAAGGAAAGCAGCAAGAAAAAGGAUAUGAACUUGUGCCCAAUUUGGAAAUCUCUACCGUCAAUCCAGUUGCCAUUAAACCUGGUGCAGUAGCCAUCCCUGCCAUCGGGGCUCAGUAUUCCAUGUUUCCAGCAGCUCCAGCCCCUAAAAUGAUUGAAGAUGGCAAAAUCCACACAGUGGAGCACAUGAUCAGCCCCAUUGCCGUGCAGCCAGACCCAGCCAGUGCCGCCGCUGCCGCCGCCGCCGCCGCCGCCGCUGCCACUGUCAUUCCCGCUGUGUCGACGCCACCACCUUUCCAGGGCCGCCCAAUAACUCCAGUAUACACGGUGGCUCCCAACGUUCAGAGAAUUCCCCCUGCCGGGAUCUACGGGGCCAGUUACGUGCCAUUUGCUGCUCCGGCCACAGCCACGAUCGCCACACUACAGAAGAACGCGGCAGCUGCAGCCGCCGUGUAUGGAGGAUAUGCAGGCUACAUACCUCAGGCCUUCCCCGCUGCUGCCAUUCAGGUCCCCAUUCCUGACGUCUACCAGACAUACUGAGGCUGGUGACCGGAGUGAAGACAGACCACACAAACGCCACUGAAGGAACGCUUGACUAUUUAUGAAGAAAGAAUGUGUUGGAUUCGCACAUGCAACCUGAAAGUGAAGAAUGUUCAGAUGUAUUCCUGAAAUAUUUUAUACACAUGAAGUUUUCACUAGUUUUUUAAGACUGUUUUCAACUUAGCAGGCCUGCGUUCAUACAUUUCCAAAAGACUCGCCUGGCUCGUGCCUUCAUAGCAUCUUUUAAAAAUUUGUAUGCUAUACUACAUUUGUAUACAGGUUUUUGUUGUUGUUGUUGUUGUUGUUGUUGUUUUAAGGAUAUAUUUUCAGUAUGAAGGUUAUUUUCUUAACUUCUGCACUCCAGAGAUUUCUAUUUUGUAGUACCUUCAAUAAUAUAUCAACUAUAUAUUGAAAAAGCACACUUGAGCAGCUAGGGAACUAUUUUGAAAAAUAGAUUCAAUAUUUAAAGAUACAAACAGUAGUGCUUAAAAAUACUACAUAAAACAUUAUUAUAAAGGUUAUACUGGAAAGUGCAAUUUUAAAAUGAGGAAAACCUCUGUAUUUCUGCUGGCAUUAAGGGUUGACGGUGUCACCAUGUAUCAUCCAUAGCAGUACUAUUUUUUAAGAGAAAUUCAACACUCAAUCUCUCCUUAAGCCAACAUGAAAAAGACUUGCCACACUCCUGAGUCCGAACACUGGAACGCUGUCCUCUGCCACCAUUAACCGGGGCUCAUUCUCCAUGUGCCUUAGCCUUAAACGUUCCCCCGAGACCCCGCCUCUCCUCACGUCCCCUCCUCCCAGAUUCCUGGUCCCAUCGCAAUGUCUGGCAAGUCUAGGACUGAUGAAUAGCUCUGAUAGAAGAGCUGGUGGCUUUUAUACUUCUUCCUGGGUUUUUGUCGGGGUUUGUUAUUUCGUUGUAUGUUUUUUUGUUUUGGUUUGGUUGGGGAAGUAUCAUCUUCUAUGUAUGCUAUUUUCAGUAGCAGAGUAAGCACAGGUUUUAAUCAGGUUGCAUAAGACACCUUUGCAUAGCUAUUUAAUUGCCCAUUAUAAAACUUUAAGGCCAUUUCUAAUGCUUUUAUUAGUUUUUGAAGUAUGAGUUUGUAGGGACAAAGAAUGUAUGUGAUUGUAGACAAGACCCCCUAGAGACUCUUGUCAGAAGAAAGUGAUGCUUCUAGUUGCCUUAUCAAGUUUCAUGCAGAAAUGUCCGUGGUCCUCAAGAGUGUUGGAAACAUUAUGUUUAUUAAAUGGGCCUCUCUUCUCUUGCCAUGCACUUGAUGGGCAAACUGAAUUGGGGCGUACACAUCCAGGAGGAGGAAGAGAGACCUUGAGAAGUUUAAAGAUAGUUUGUAAAUAUCUUCUAAUGCUUGUUUUUAGUCCUUUUAUGUUGCAGAAGUUUAUGAUACGUAGUUUAAUGCAAAGUGAAACCAUUUUAUUUCAAUGUUAUUAAAAAGGUUUGUUUUAUUAGGAAGUUAAUGUAUUGUUGCAGUGUUUUGUGCCUGUUUAAAGGCUUUUUGUUUAGCAGAAUGAAUGUAAAAUACAGUAAAAUGUUAAGAUUGUCAUCUACUUUUUUUUGGAACUAUAUCAACUUGGAAUUUUUUUUUUAAAAGGCUCAAUCAAGGAAGUGAGGUGUGCAAUAAGGUAGCAAGUAUGCAGUUGCAUUUUUAUGUCAUGUUAGAGAUCCAUACAAUCUUCCCACUCACGGGGUUUUUCUUGAUGGCUGAAUUCCUGUGGAUUAAUAAGAGGAUCAUGCCCUUAGCAAGUACUUUUGUUUUGUUUUAAAUUAAGAGAUUCCCAAAUGCCUUUCUCCCCCCUCAUCUUGAGAUGAGUUUUUAUAUAUAAGCAAUAUUUAUUUAACUAUUCUAUAAAAUUAUUGAGUGCCUGCUGAGGCCUUUAAAUAUUCCUAACAUUCCUUUCCAUCAUUCUCAAAUGACAUAAAGUAAUUGUGCAAUGUUCCUGAUGAUGUACCCCGCAAGCUGCAUCCAAACUCGAAUCUGUUGGAAUGAGUGACCCAACAAAAUGUAAUUCAGAUCAGAUCCUCAUCCUUUGUGCAAAAAAAAGUACUCUCCUUCUAGUGAGGGACUGUCACAGAGGUUCACUGGAUGAAACUCUGACCCAGUAUUCUUACUGUAUUUUACAUAUGCCUGUAAAUUAUUUGCAAAAAAAAAAAAAGAAGAAGAAGAAAAGAAUGAAAGAAAAUUAAAAAACCAAAAAACAAUGAUGCCUUAACAUGGCAACCACCAAGCUCCCUUAAAAACAAAUGUUGGUGACAUAGCCAGUUAAGUAUCAGUGAGCCUCCUACCUGGGACUUAUCUGUUCCUACUGUUUCAAAACCAUUUCAUGUACACUACUGCUGAGGUAAGUUUAUAACUUGAAAUGUGAACUUUUUUUUUUUUUUAGGGUUAAGAACAAACUAUAUAAAUAUAAAAAAAAAAGUUUUAGAGUUCUGUUUUCAAACAUUGCUAGUAGUUUAGUUAACUUUAGCUGCUUUAUAUUUGAAAAGCUUUUAUUUAGAUCUUGCUCCAUUUACAAUACAUUCUUAGGAUGUAUGUAGUAAAUAAAGCUUUCUUUAAAGCGAUUGCAAAA